AUGGCCCCCAUGAAGCUUCAGGUUGCCGCCGCCGGCCUUGGCCGAAUGGGCAAACGACACGCCAUCAACUUUCUCAACCGUACCCCACGAGCCGAGCUUGUUGCUGCCUUCACCCCGGACCCGGAGGAGAUGGCUUGGGCCAAGGUUAACCUGGAACCCUAUGGCGUUACUCUCUACGAUGACUACAAGAAGAUGAUUGAGCAGCCAGGCCUCAAUGCCGUCGUCAUUGGAACAGCUACAUCUGUCCAUGCUGAGGAGGCCAUCCAGGCAAUGCAAAAGAAUCUUCAUGUUCUCUGCGAGAAGCCUCUCUCCACGAGCAUCCCUAUCUGCCGCCAGGUCGUCGAGGAGGCAAAGAAGCACCCUCACCUCAAGGUCAUGUGCGGGUUCUCUCGGCGCUUCGACGAGUCCUACCGUGAUGCCCGCAACAAGGUGGAACAGGGUCUGAUUGGACGUCCUUCCAUCAUUCGCAGCCAGACCUGCGACAAGCAUGACCCUUCGGGAUUUUUUGUCGCUUACGCCGCCUGGUCUGGUGGUGUUUUUGUCGACAUGUCUGUUCACGACAUUGAUCUCACGCUCUGGUUCUUUGGCGAUGAUAUCCAACCCAAGAGCGUUUCUGCUCACGGCAUCCGCGCUGUCCAGCCCGAACUCGCCCAAUACAACGACUACGACAAUGCCGUCGGGAUCGUGGAGUUCUGGGGUGGUAAGAUCGCCUACUACUACUGCUCCCGUAUGAUGGCCCAUGGACAGGAGGAUACGACCGAGAUCAUCGGUACGGAGGGCAAGCUGUCGGUCAACAGCAACCCCCAGUCCAACUUUGUCAACUACUACCAUCCCGGCGGCAUCACUCGUGAAGUGCCCGCUCACUAUUACGGUCGCUUCGAGAUGGCUUUUGUCCAGGAGGCCAAUGAAUUCACCGAGUCGUGCCUGGAUAACAAGCCGCUGCCAGUCAAACUGUCAAACGCUGUCAAGGCCGUGGAGAUUGGGGCUGCGCUUCAGGAGGCCCUCGUUUCAGGAAAGCAGGUUCGUUUCGACGAGACUGGACGACGAGUCGAGUGUAGCUCCAAGUUGUAA